ACGUAAAUAUGUCAAUACUAUCAAGCACAGACAAAUUUACUAGCGUUAGGUAAGACUUUAGCCGACGACUUCGUAAUCCCACUGCCAAGAUUUUAACUCUAUGCAGUGACGGAAUUAAGCAGAAGCUGAUAAGUUCUCAGUUUAUUUGGGUUUUUAUGGCCAAAGAAUGGCGGAAAUAAAUUUCGAUGCAGCUACUUCAGAUGUCGAAAUGAAUCCUGAAUCUUCCCCGCUCCACUUAACGACGACUACUGCUACUACUACUACUAAUACUACUCAGGUGCGGAGGUCGAGUCGACUGGCCGCAAAGAAACCAGGCUCAAAUGCAACUCCUUCAGAUGUCAGUAGUGAUUCCACGCAACGAACUACUCAGCCGCGGAGGUCGAGUCGACUGGCCGCAAAGAAACCAGGCUCAAACGCAACUCCUUCAGAUGUCAGUAGUGAUUCCACGCAAGGAACUCAGCUUGAUCAGCCAGAGGGGAGCAAGAAGGAUCCGCAGGCUGGUCCAAAUUCGACGAGUCUUGAUGUUGAAAUGGAACCAAUGCAUCAUUCGGUUCAAAUUAAUGAACCAGCUCCACUGCCUCAGCCGCACAAGAAGAAUCCGCGAGUUCCUUUAAAUAAGCCUUCUUCAUUCUACCUUUCGGAGGAACAAAAUAAGGACUACAUGGAGAUUUGUGUUCCUCUACAGAGCGCGGCACUUAGGGUGACUGGCAUGCUGCUGAAGGGAUUCUGAAAAAACAUCUGAAGGUGCUAAACGCGAGCAUUACACAUAAAGAAGAUACUCUUCUUCACAUUGUCUCAGCAACAAAGCACGUCCACUUCGCGAAAAAAUUAGUGAACAUGAUGAAAGUUGAGGACUUGAAACUUCAAAACAAUGAGGGGGAAACAGCUCUUUGGCUAGCAAUAGCUUCAACUGAUAAAAUGGUUGAUGUUCUGCUCAAAAGGAAUAAAGACCUUUUGAAGAUACGAACAAAGGGUAGCUUACCAUUCUUGUGUGCGCUUUGGUCUGGACACAAUGACGUCGUGGAAUGUAUUUACUCCAUGACUAAUAUUGCAGACGAAGAAUGGAAAGAUUCGGAUAAAAAAAGUAUUCUGAAUUCUUGCAUUGCAGCUGGACUCUUUGACAUUGCAUUGGAAAUUAUUAAUCACUGCAAAACAAAAGGGACACUGAUGACAAUAGGCACAGAGGUACUGAGGUAUCUGGCUUAUAAACCUGCUGCAUUUGAUGAAAAAGUACGAUCUUUUUUCAGACGACUUGUUCUUAGAAUACUCCCAGGACCAGGAAACUUUGAGAAUUCAACAGGAGUUAAGAUAGUCAGAUGUAUAUGGAGUGAGACAGUUAAACAGAACUUACAGAAGCACGAAGACAUAUUGAAGACAAUUGCUGGUGAUUCAGAGGAGAAAGAAGGGCUUCUUUUUACAGCUGCUAGAUUGGGAAACUAUAAAUUCAUAGCCGAGCUCCUAAAAUUGUAUCCUGAAAUUGCAUGGGAAAGAGAUCACAACAACUACACAAUAUUUCACGUUGCAGUUAUACAUCGUCAUGAGAAUGUGUAUAAUCUAUUAUACGAGCUUGGAUUAAGGAAGCUGGGAACACUAGACAAAAAUAAAGAUAAUAUUCUACAUUUAGCUGCCAAGAAGCCUGCACAAAGUCGACUAAAUGUUGUGUCAGGAGCAGCACUUCAGAUGCAAAGAGAGCUACUGUGGUUCGAGGAAGUGAAAACAAGGGUGAAUUCGACUGAUAGAAGAAAAUGGAACGAAGAAAAGAAAAGUCCGCAAGCAUUAUUCUCUGAGCAGCAUGCUGAUUUGAUGGAGAAAGGCGAAAAAUGGAUGAAGAACACAGCAAAUCACUGCAUGGUUGUUGCUGCGCUUAUAGCCACAAUUAUGUUUGCAGCAGCCUUUACUUUGCCUGGUGGUAACAAUGGCGACACCGGGCAUCCAAUACUCUUGAAGAAGAGUGCCUUUGUCGUUUUUGUGGUAGCAGACGCGGUAUCAUUGUGCACCUCCUCAGCUUCCAUUCUCAUGUUUUUGGCCAUUCUAACUUCGCGGUAUGCAGAAAAGGAUUUCUUGGUGUCUUUGCCUGUGAAAUUGAUGGUUGGACUCGUGACACUAUUCUUGUCAAUCGUCACAAUGAUGAUUGCUUUCAGCGCGAGCUUCUUUCUCCUUUAUGCAGAGAGUAUGAAAUGGAUUCCUGUAUCCAUUGCUGCAUUAGCUGGUGUGCCUGUUGUUUUAUUUGCUCUGCUGCAAUCUCGUCUACUUUUUGAUGUGAUUAAUUCAACAUUUAAUUCCAGGCAUCUGUUUAGGCCCAAGAACCGUAUGAUUUAAAAUCAAAUUAGCUGUUUCUUUGUCAGUAUCAGAAAUAAUCUGCUGUAUUAGUUUAUGUUCACUGCAAAUGUUGUGAUGUACUACACCUGAUCACUUUAUCUGAGAACUUACUAGCGAUGUUCAUAUUACUUUUCUU